GCAUCAUGAAUUCUGUGAUUUGCCUAGAUGGCUAAAUAAACCAAAUACAAAUAGAAAUAUCUGGAUCUGGGCGACGUUCUUCCCCAGUUCUCCUUCUCAAAUCCCUAGAUCGACCCCUAGAUACAGGCUGGGUCUUGACAAUCCCCUCCCGGUUCUUCUCUGAUUUAUCGUCCCCGUCUCUCCCUCUCCCCGAUCCAUGGUGGGAUCCUCCGUCGUGUACACGUCCUGCAGGCCUUCGUCGUGUACACGUCCUGCAUCCUUCCUCCACCACCCAGCCGACCAGGCCCAUCUCGGUGACCAGCCCGGGCUGCUCCCCGACGGCAGUGGUGACGGCAACUCCUCUCAUCUGAAAGGAUGCGGGGAGAGGUGUGUGGGCGCCGAGAUGUUUGCGACGGUUGCGCGGUGGGCGGAGAAGAAAGGGAAGCCCAAGAUGGCGCCGAUCGAGCUCACGACAACGGCGGAGCAGGCGCAGUCCAUCACCCGCACCAUCUUCGAUGUCGUCAAGGAGCACGGGCCCCUCACCAUCUCCGACGUUUGGGAGCACGUCACGGAUGUAGGCCUGAGGGGUUUGACAAGCAAGAGGCAGAUGAAGAUCAUGCUGCGGUGGAUGAGGGAGAAGCAGAAGCUCAGGCUCAUUUCUGACCAUGAUGGGCCUCACAAGCAAUUCCUCUACACGACAUGGUUCACCAACCCCAAGAAUGCGCCACAGAGGCCCAAGAGGGAGCUCAACAGGGAGAGCCUAGUGGCGGCGUGGACGAGACGGAGGAAGCGGUGUAUGAGGUGGUGCUGCGGCAGGCCGCGAAUGGUGGAGCACGUGUAGGGGCGGAGAGCAAGGCGUGGCACACGGCGCCGGUGUUGAUGCAGGUAGUGGACAUCGUGAGGAUCCCGCCGCUGGCGGUCCGCCACGGCAUGCCAGGCGGCAGGGUCGAGCGGUACUCCCUGGUGCUGUCCGACGGCCUGCACACAAUGGAGAUCAAGCUCAUCACGCCCCUAAGGCAUCUCGUCAGGGACGGCUGUGUCCGCCAGGCCUCCGUCGUGCGCCUCCUCUGGUACUGCAUCAUCUUUGGGUAAGACUAUGAGAUCCAUUAGACCAUUAUAAUAUCCCUCACUUUGCUCGCAUAUAUACAAGUCAAUUAGUGGUACGUUCAUGGCUAAUCAGGCAUAUAAAUAUAUAUUCCUUCUCGUCUUCAGCAGAAAAUUGGGUACUUAAUUGCAUGUAUUUGAAAUUAUAAAUGUGCCACUUUAGUGUUAGUAGAUAUGUCCAACUAAGUUGCACACAAUUAUUUUUGUGUUCUUAUUAUUGUUGUAAAUUAUCAAGCUUCAAACUUUAUUGAAUGUCGACUGGAAUUAAUUUUCCAUUAGUUGUUCAAUGAUUCUGCUUGUGUACUGUGUUCUAUGUGACAACCUUUACAAUUGGAGGAGCACAUUUAGUCCUUGUUCCUAUCUCCAAUGGUGUUGUAGCCGAUCAUCAUGGCGAACCCUUAGUAGAGUUAUUAUGCCAAAUUAAUUAUUUUUCCUUUGCAGUGCUCUAUGUAUCUCUUGUCUGUUGUAUGUUGGAUCUGUAAUUUUCUGAAUCCAGUACUCUAUUAUCUUCUAGAACCUCUCCUAGGCCCUUAAUUUUCAAGCUGGAAGUUCUAGUUAUUGAUAUUUCACUCCGCAAUCUCCCUGUCACUUUGCUGCACACUUACAAAUUCUUGAUUACUGUUUGGAAUUCACUUGUCACCUGUAAAUUGUCAAGAAGAUUUAUGUCUGUUACUAGAGCUAUAAACCUGGUUACCUCAUAGAACAUGCCAAAAGUCAAAGUUAUAGAUUGCAGAAAAAAGUUUUAUGUGCACCUGCUGCUGCUAUUUUAUUUCUCUUGUUCUUGUGUGUGACAAGAUCACUCUAGUAAGUAUGAUUUCCUGCACAUUUUGAUUGUUCAUCCUUCUCAUGUAGGAGUAAUAGGUUAACGAAACACACGGCUGCAGGGCACCAUGCUAUAAGUCGUUCCAUCUACUGGACUCCAAGUGAUGGCUCUCCAUUCAGAUGUAUUCAGUGGUUUGGCUAUUGUGGUCCCAUACCUGAAUCGUGCGUCCUGUCUACCUGCCUUGUUGUCAUCAACAUAGUUGGGUUCAAGAUUUCACAGACCUGAAUUGUCACCAAAAAGCACCUGUCAAUUACAUGUAGUAUCUUAGAAAAAUCUUCUUGAAAAUUGUUGAGGUUAAGCGUUAGUCUGAUGGCGCUGGUUUACCAUGUGACUGCAGUUACUGUACACAUUUUAAUUAUUUUGCUAGCCUUUUUCAAAAUAUUUCUCAAAGUAACUUGAUGCAACCUGACCUUCAUCAUUGCAGGGACCACUGUUAUUAUUAGUGGACUUGGUGUCGGCAUCCUAGUACAGUUUGACAAGGUCCACCUUCCCUUCCACUACCACAUGCAUACCUCUAUGAGCAGAACUCGUCAAUCGAAUUGAUGUUCUGCAACUGCAAUCAAUCACCAGUAAGCAUCAUCUAGGUGUUUUGAUCCUGUGUGCAUGGUCAUGUUAUUGUUUCAGUUAGUGUGCCACGCGUUGGAUAAGCAUGUCAAGAGCAGGGUGUACUUCAAGGUAUGUGCCAACACUCUUCUACCUGGCACGGCAUAGCUUUUUUUGAAGACCUUGGUUGUCUAUUUCCCUAUCCAUGCAAUAAUAUAUGUUGAACAGAAUGUUAACUGUCAAAUAUUGCAAACAUAUAUAGCUCAAAUACACAAGUGUAAAUUUCUUGUAUGCACCAAAACGACAAGAUAGCAUGAACACGUAUAGCUAGGGUAUGCAUUUAGUAGGUGUCUUUCCAAUUUGAAGAUUCAUAAUAGACUAAAAGAGAUUGAUAAAUGAAGAAAAUACCCUAUUAGAUCUGCACAAGAAUGCGAACUAACAUGUUUUCACUUUCUUGGCGUGGUCGCAGAGGUGAUCAACGCAGACUACCACGACCCGGUGGGCGUCGUGCUCUUCAACAACUCGGAGGCGGACUUUGACAUGAAGCCCGGUGACCGCGUCACACAGAUGAUUGUCUAGGUGAUUGCAAUACUGGAGGUCGUCAAGGUGGAGGACCUUGACGUCACCGUCCGAAGGUCGUCGAGACGAAGGACCUCAACGCCACCAUCUCGAGGUUGCCGAGGUGGAGGACCUCGACACCACCGUCUCGAGGUUGCCGAGGUGAAGGACCUCGAUGGCUUGAUAGAUACAUUUAGAGAAGUAGUCAUGUUAGGUUGGUGGUGGAAUGCCAGGGAAGGUACCCACCUUUCGGUGACUGUUGUGUGCAUCUGAUGUAUAAAUGAUAUCUCGUGAUCUUUUUGAGUUGAGAUGUUCAAUGUUGUAUCCAUGAAUGCUGCAAGUGCUAAGAUGGUUAUGUGACCUUCUUUUAUUUUGC